AUGACUGAGAAAUUGUAAUUGCCUCUUUAAUAACUUUAUGAUCCUAUCAUGAUAAUGUUUAAAUAGAUAGAGGGUUAUGAACAGCUUUUUUAAGAGUUGGAAGCAAGACAAAAGGAAUCUAGGAAGAAUAAAUUUGUCAUUGAAAAAUUGAUAGCUAUGCAAGAUAAGAAAUAAGUAUCUGUAUUGAAUUUAUUCAGUAAUUAGAAAAAGAGAAGGUGGAAUUCGAUUCAUUAUAUUAGAAAUCUCAUUUGACAAGAGAAUAACAUAAGCAUUUAAUUAGUCAAGAUAUUGAAGUUGAUCAAGAGUUUUACUAAAUUUAUAAAAUUCUAGAUGAAUAAGAAAACUUGGCAAAAGAGCUUGUUAAUUAUGAUGAUCCAUAGGGACAGGGACCAUCACCAUUGAGAGGAUCUUUAAUUGAGAAUAUUGACAUCAUUAGAUCAGCUGCAUUAAGCAAAAUAGUAGCACAUCUAAAGAAACAUUAUGAAAUGAUUACUAUUGAGGAAUUAAAAGAAAUUAAUGAGCUAUUUUACAAUAAAGUGAAUGAAUAAAUCGUUUUUGUAUUGAGGUAUAAAUUCAGCAAUCAUCUCAUACCUCUGUUAGCAGGUAUCAAUUCAACGGAUGAAUCAUCAAUAAAGAACUUUUUUAAAACACUUGACUAUGAAAUACAGUAAAAAUAAUUGCUUAAACAAGAUAAUCAUUUAAAUAUACAGAGCAAAUCUUUGAAAAGGGUGCUACUACAAUCUUUCCUUAAGUAAUCGAUAAUAUAUGUUGUGAUUACGCUUAAUAGUUAGAUGCAACAUUGAAAUUUGUAGAGAGCUAUUUUUUAAGUAUUAAAUAAAACAAUAUCGUUAGUUUAUGAGGUAAAUAUACAAAUCUAAUAAAUCAUCAAUUUCUUGAAAUCUACAAAUGCUCAAAUGCAAUGUAUUAAUGGACUAGUUAAAUUGCAAUAACUUUGUUCUCAAUUAAAAACCAAAAGCGUUCAAAUUAUGUCCCAUAACUUAUAAGUCAUUCGGUUUAAUAUAGCAUAAUUCUCAUCUUAUUAGCCUCUAAAAGACUAAUUAGAAUAAUUGUAUGAUUUUCUAAAGAAAAGUAAUUCAGAAGAAAGACAAGAAAUAUUAUCAAAUCUUUGGUAACCUUUUUAAUAGCUGAUUCAGAUGAAAUUAAAUCAGAAUAGUUAUAAUAGGUCAUCAAAGAUAUUUUCAAUUAAUGCCUUAUAAAUUUAUAUUAGUCAAUUACAAGGAAUGAAAAUUCAAGAAAUUUAAGAGACUAUUGAUAACUAUAUUAAAGAAUGCCAAUAACUUUUGGUUGAUUUAAUCUAAAAGUUAAAGACGGAAAAUGUAUCAGAAAGUGCUUAGAAAUUUAAAGUACAAUAGAGAGAGAAGAAUAAUUAGUUGUCAAAGGAUUAGUUUAAAAAGUUCUUGAGAUAGAUAGUGUAAUUAGAUGAAAACGGGUUUAGGAAUGACUUAUUUUAUGAAAUUGAUUUGAUUAUCAACGAUCAAAUUAAGUCUUAGAUAUAACUGGAUAUUGCUGAAAGUAUUAAAUUAAUAUAGUGUACAUUAGCAUUUACGAAAGAGUACUAUGAACCAUUAUAUGAGAACCUCUUGAAAUAUUUAAGUAAUCAACAGAGCGAGUUUACAACUGAGGUCAUUUAGCAACUAUGUUCAUAAUAUUCAGUUACAACAAAGGACAUCUAUAAAAUACCAGCUUAUAUAAGAGAUCCUGUUUCUUAUAAAUUGAAUAUAAUGAAUUUUUAGAGUUUAUGA